GCAAGCUUUCUCCUCUCUUGGCGACGAGCAAUUGGUAAUUCUUGACGAUCGUUAUCAACCGAAUGACAAAGGCACCAUCUUGACGAUUUAUGCCCCCCUUAUCGGUCCUUACGCAAAGCAAUGGCCACGUCUCACGACUCUGAAUCGCAUGUCCGUUUGGUCCCACGAGCAUCCUCAUAAUAAGUACGAGUACGUGUAUAGUUUGCGAGCAUCAAAUCAUAAACCCGACAGAUCCUCGCUUCCGGAAGAGUCAAGCAGUCCGAGCCUUCUGCCGACUUUGGGUGGCAACAUCGUGAAGGGAAAAGUCAAGUGGGGAGAUACUCUCGAGCUUUCCGGCGGCUUUCAAUUCUUCAGAGGGUACUGGGAAUGGACCGAAGACGUUCUCAGCCGUUGCCAGCACAAGCGAAAGUCCGCGAAGAUCUAUGAUUCUGUAUAUGCCUCCCUCUUCACGUACGACUACAACUCUGAAGUUAUGAAGGCGUUUUUCGAGGCAUGGUGUCGGAAUACAAAUACCCUCUUGACGUCUCCCGGAGAAAUGUCUAUCUCUUUAUGGGACUUGCACACCCUCUCCGGGCUACCGUUAACCGGGCUCCUUUACGAUGAAGUUGUCCCUGCCUCACAAGAACUCGUUGGUUCCGAUGCAAAGGGUGUUCGAUAUUCUCACCGUUCCUACCGACAUCUAUUCCAUGCCUACCACUUACUUCGGAAGCGCUCUAAAGAUCCGUCCUCCAAUGUCUCUGUCGAAAGCUGGAUUCAGUUUUGGUCGAAGAAGCAGAAGAAAUAUACUCAACCUCCUCCGCGCAAACAAAAGAAGGGUGUUCGCCCCAAGUCAACUCACAAUCCUUCUGGCAAUAUUGAAGCACAUGCAAAAUGGAUCAACAUCGAAGAAGCUGUGUUUUCGAGCAUUAGCGUUGAUGUCGAACUGAGGUCCGAGACAUACUUGGCGGCCCAUUUGGCUUGUUGGCUUUGCACCUUCGUUCUCCCCACUGAUGAUGUAGGCAUGAUACGUCCUUCAACGUUCAAGAUGGCUAGCAUAAUGGCGAGUGGUGAAGAAGUCUCUCUUGCAGUUCCUGUCUUGGCAAGCAUCUUCAAUGGCAUAAAUAGGAUUUCGAGAUCCUUGAGACUCCAUCAAGAGAAUUCUCCGUUCCCUAUUCACUUCGUCUAUAGUUGGUUGGCGCUUUAUUUCAAGACCCAUUGUCAAGUUCUGCAAGGCGUAGCCGUCGAUGGCCCAAAGAUGGUAUCUUAUUCUGGAGAAGGAAGCGCUAGAUACUACACUCCCGCGGAUGCACGCAAACGGAUUCACAAAGGAGAUCUUAUGUCUUGGACUUGCACCACGAUUCCUAGGAGCGAGUCUUCUUUAUAUGUUGAUGAUGGAACAACUAAAGGGUCCGAGAGAAAUUAUUUCAUCGCCAUUCGCUCGAGCUAUCUCUCCUUGCGGCGUGGUAAUCGUUUCGUUAUUGAGCCAUAUAGUCCUCAUCGGUUUAGCCGUCAAUUUGGGUUUUACCAAGAUGUUCCGGGAGUACUUGAUGAAGACGUUCGCGAGGCUUCUUUAAUAGAUGGACUCCGUUAUUGGCGUCUAUGUGUUUUGCUCGAGUCCAUGUCUAAAGUGAUAUUUUCCGUCGUUCCUCAAAAUCCAAGAAAGUUUCACACGGACGGCUAUAAAAGAUGGUGGACUGAAGCUUACGGAACUUAUCUUGAAAAUAAAGUUGCGAGUUUGGUGAACUUGGAGUUAAGUAAGAUUCCACUUGAAGACAAAGAAGAUGAGGCAAGAAAUAGUCUCGGCAAUCUUUCUCGCGGAAAUGUGCUCCAAACCAAAAACCCUCCUAGAGAUAUAAAGAAGAGGAACGUUUUGCCUCCAUCGGAUGAGAGUGACGAUAGCCACAUAGAACGUCAUUGGAAAAGGCCGAAGAGGGACCCGCAAUCUUCAAAACCACAAGAUCUUCAUAUUGAUAACAGUGUGGACAGUCAUUCUCGAACAAAUGACACUUUUGCUGAGAAGUUGGAAAACGAGAUAAUUAACGUUGAUGAUCGCGAGGAAUCUCAAGCUAGUCAUCACUCAACUGCCAAGGCUUGCUCAAUGGGUGCAACUUUGUCGCCGACUGCUUUGAUGCCUGCCAGAGCAUCCAAGAUGAAAGAGACUGCGAAAGGGUCGUACAAUGGUGCUUGUUCAGUUUUUGUGGGUGAAAAUUUUCUGAAAAAUCACAAGCGGGUUUUUCUUCGCCAAUUAUGGCAAGAUCUUCGUGCGAGGAUAGUACGGACUUCAAUUGAUUCCAUCUCGUCUAUUCAAGAAGAUGUCCAAUUAGUUCUUGGAACCAUGAGGGAUCUUGGUGAUUUCGACAUAUCUUGCAUAGAGGAAUCAUUGAAGUCAUUAUUUUCCCAGGCGACGGCUUAUGAUAAGGUGAGGUCGUCGAACUCUGAGAAGGCAUCUAAAGAGAUUCUAUCACGACAAUUAGAUGAGGCUAAAGAUCAUUUGCAUACUACUCAAGCUAGAGAACACAAAGAGACUCUUCAAGUUCAAGUCACCAAUAGUGAUUUGGAGAGUGUCAAGAAAGAGCGUGCUGCUUUGAAG